AUCAGUCAGACGCAUGCAUAUCCCAUUUCUAUCCAAGCCGUUUGCAGAGAUAGUGCACUCACUGCGCUGAGAGCAGCGGUCACAAAUCAAGUCCGUCUCGGCAAGUCAAUUUUGUAUCUACGAUAUUACAAUCCAAGCCUUAGCUCUCUGCUGAAGAGACAGAAGAUGGACUCAGCCAUUAACAGCCACCUUGUGCAGAACCUGUCCAUUCUUCUGAGUGCUGGUUAUUCCAACGAGACCUGCCGCUUUGAUGAGGAGUUUAAGUACAUCCUACUGCCUGUUUCCUAUAGCCUGGUGUGUGUUCUGGGUCUGGUGCUGAACUCUGUGGCUCUGUGGGUGUUCCUGACCAAGAUGCGACCGUGGAACACCAGCACCGUCUACAUGUUCCACCUGGCCCUCUCAGACUUCCUGUACGUUCUAUCCCUACCCACCCUCAUCUACUACUACGCUAACCGCAGCCACUGGCGCUUCGGCGUGGCCGCCUGCAAGAUCGUCCGCUUCUUGUUCUACGCCAACCUCUACAGCAGCAUCCUCUUCCUCACCUGCAUCAGCGUCCAUCGCUACCUGGGCAUCUGCCACCCCAUCAAGGCCCUGACCAUGGUGAAGCCACGCCAUGCCCACGCCGUGUGUGGAAUGGUGUGGGCUGCUGUCACGGCGUGUCUGGUGCCCAACCUCAUCUUUGUCACCACCAGCCAGAGGGACAACGACACGAUGUGUCACGAUACGACCAAUCCCGAGCAGUUUGAGGAGUAUGUGGACUACAGCUCUGCGGUCAUGGUCCUGCUGUUCGGCGUCCCCUUCAUGGUUAUCAUGGUCUGCUACUUUCUGAUGGCACUGGCUCUGUGUCGGCCCAGACGGGGGCUCUCGUCCAGCCAGCAGAACUCACCCUCCCGCACCAAGUCCAUCAAGCUAAUUGUGGUGGUGCUGGUGGUGUUCGCCGUGUGUUUUGUACCCUUCCAUAUCACACGCACCCUCUACUAUACCUACCGUGUACUGAAUGCCAAAUGUGAAUUCCUGAACAAAGUCAACUUUGCCUAUAAGAUCACCAGGCCUCUGGCCAGUGUGAACAGUUGUAUUGAUCCCCUCCUGUAUUUCCUGGCUGGGGAUCACUACCGCUCUAAGCUGGUCAAAGCUCUCACUGGAAAUAGACCGACAACCACCAGGCUCUCUGCUGCCUGCCUGAAAAAGCGCCCCAAAAAGAACCAUGAGAUCGCGUUGGUCUAUAAGAACCCAGAGCCUAAAGCCAGCGUUGAACCUAUGAGAUAGUGGGUUAUACAUAUGGACAACUAUGGGGCAUCAUAUAGAUAUGCCUAACCUCCAUAAUAUAAACAGGAAGGAAACAGUUAAUAGCCCUAGGCUGGCCACUACACAGCUGUACUUUCUUUGGAUGCUGUUCUGUCAUUUCAGACACAGGAUGACUACUGUCCUGGGUGAACGAAGGGGCCUCUUGCCAGAGCUCAGACCUGAGUGAGAAAUGCAGUUCCUAUAAGGCUGUUCGGUCAAUGUCAUGUUAAAGAGAAUGAAGAAGUGGGAGUACGGUUGAGUUCAGAAAACUGGUGGAAAAGUACCCAAUUACCAUACUUGAGUGAAGUAAAAAUGAAAGUCACCCAGUAAAAUACUACUUGAGUAAGUAAGUCUAAAAGCAUUUGGUUUUAAAAAUACUUAAGUAUCAAAAGUAAAUGUAAUUGCUAAAAUAUACUUAAGUAUCAAAAGUAAAACUAUACAUUAUUUCCAAUUCCUCAUAUUAAGCAAACGAGACGACAUCUUUUUCUUGCUUUUUUAUUUAUGUGUGUUUAGUGAGUCCGUCAGAUCAGAUGCAGUAGGGAUGACCUGGGAUGUUCUCUUGAUAAGUGCGUGAAUUGGACCAUUUCCCUGUCCUGCUAAGCAUUCAAAAUGUAAUGAGUACUUUUGGAUGUCAGGGAAAAUGUAUAGAGUAAAAAGUACAUUAUUUUCUUUAGGAAGUAAAAGUUGGCAAAAAUAUAAAUAGUAAAGUACAGAUACCCCCAAAAAACGACUUAAGUAGUACUUUAAAGUUCCUUAUCACCACUAACACUUUAAAACAGUGUUGUAAGUCUGUAGUACCAUGAGACAUCUACAUUCCCCCUUGUUAGUAAGAAGCUAUGGCAGGUAGCCUAGUGGAUAAGAGUAACUGAAAGGUUGCUGGUUCAAAUCCCCGAGCCUACUAGGUGAAAAAUCUGUUGAGCAAGGCACUUAACCCUAAUUGCUACGAUAAGUUGCUCUGGAUAAGAGCUUCUGCAAAAAUGUAAAAGCCAAGUCUGUUUUAUACAUGUACUGUACAGUCUCUUCCUACUCUGAAUACUUGUCUAUUAAUUUAAUUCUGCCGGUUGCUGUGCUUGUAAGACAAGAGUUCAAAUCCUUUCAACCAGGGGAACAAAACAGUUUAUGUGCCUCUGUCUGAGCCAGACUGUCGUCUCAUAGAAUACAAUCUUAACUGGCUUGCCUAGUUAAUUAAAGGUUAAAUAAAUAAAAUCAAAUAAAAAUAUUACCACAGACUGUUAUGCAAAGCCUGUUAUGCACAGUAGCUACAGGACUCUGAAGAGCAGGAGGAAAUGUAUGUAAUCUGUAAUCUGUUUGUUCAGAUUUGUGUUUAUUGUGGUAGCACGUACUCAGAGAGAGGCUCCGUGGAUGGGUAUAACAGAUUGGAUUAUUAUGGAUUAUCGGUGAGUUACUGUGAUCAUCAAAAGCAUCUCUUCCUAUAACAUUUUAUAAAUAUGAUCCAAGGAGUUUGGCUGGUAAAAAUGUCUUCCUGUCACGCCCUGACCUUAGUUAUCUCUGUUUUUCUAUAUAUUUUGGUUAGGUCAGGGUGUGACUAGGGUGGGUACUCUAGUUUUUGUAUGUCUAGGGUUUUUGUAUGUCUAGUGUUUUUUGUAUGUCUAUGUUGGCCUGAUAUGGUUCCCAAUCAGAGACAGCUGUUUAUCGUUGUCUCUGAUUGAGGAUCAUAUUUAGGUAGCCAUUUUCCUCAUUUGUGUUGUGGGAUCUUGUCUAUGUUUGGUUGCCUUAGUGCACAUCAGUAGUUGCACAUUUCGGUCGGUCGGUCGGUCGGUCGGUCGGUCGGUCGGUCGGUCGGUCGGUAGGUAGGUUGUUUUGUUCAGUGAGUUUCGAUUUAUUAAAAUGAUGUGGAACUCUACUCACGCUGCGCCUUGGUCCGAUCCUUACGACGAACGUGACACUUCCAGUCAGAGUGGAAGUGACGUUACAAUAAUAAAAAAAACAGUGUGGGUGAGGCAAGCUGAAACAGUUCAACAGAAACAGUGUGUGUUAUCCAAAAAAUGUGUGGUAGCUAAAGCACUAGUCCUCUCCCAGCUGUUUGUGUCCUUCAGCACAAUCCCCACAGCUGUCUAUCUGUCUGUCUCUGCUGUGAGGAAACGAGGGGAGGGACUGAAAGGGUGUGUAGGCUGGAGUAUCAACUCUAUCCAACAACCCACACUUUGGAUAAAGAGGAGAUGUUCCUGCAUUACCCAAUUUGGAUUCAUUACUUGACCCAACACUGACUUUUUCCGCAUUAGUUUUGGUUGUUGUUGUUGUUGUUGCUCUCAGAAAGACUGCCUUACUUUCCAUGUGAAAGCAGAUGUCUCUGUAAAGCAGAUUGCAGGUCAGAGGUUCAUUCCUAAGGGUAUUUGAAGUACUAUACUGCUGUACUUCAUAUAAAAGCUACUGGUCGUGUUUAUAAAAGGCAUUAUAACUCAGGUUCAAGGUAUGAUAGGAAGGCACAUGGUUCAAUAGGUUUAUAACAAUAUAAUGCCAUUAAAUCUAUUUUUAUAAAUCCACAUUUGCUUACUGUCAUUUGGUUAUCAUUUUAUUUUGGUAUGUGUUAUGUCAAUAUUUAUCCAUGACAUUGGUUGAUUAACCAAAAUCUAAGUUGUGGGCGUAUAUCAAAUUGAACUCCUUCAUGCUGCAGUGUCUUGCAGACUUGAAUGGGGUUAUGAUAGAGGGAGAGUGUGGGAAAGUAAUGGUUGGUUGCGUGUCUCAUCCAAACAUGAGGCGUUAUCGGAUGUAGGUCCUCCAUGAAUCAGACAUGGGUGAAAGUGAGGAGACCUGAGGAAGUGGGAGGACAGGACGGUUGGAGAAACAAGAGCAGGAAGUGAGCUGGUCAUGGUACUGGACUGUUUGGGUUUUUCCUUCCCUGGUCCGUGCCAAGAAAACCAAGCUGGCCCCACCAACACCCCAUGGAAAAGAUCUUGUGUUUCCAGUUUCCAGCCAAGGCUCCAUAUUGAUUAUCCAUCGUAAUCAUCCAUAAACAAACUGAUAUUGACAUCUGAAAUAGGGGAAGACCAACUCUCCAUAAAGCAAGAGAUGGUGUUAAAAUAGUCACAGUACACAGCAGGUGUAUUCUCCAUAUUUCUGUCGAGCAUUGUUAGUUGUUGUCAAUGACAACUUUUACAUCAUUACAUUCCUAAAGUAAAUAAUGUACUUUUUACUCCAUACAUUUUCCCUGACACCCAAAAGUACUUGUUAUAUUUUGAAUGCUUAGCAGGACAGGAAAAUGGUCAAAUUCACACACUUAUCAAGAGAACAUUCCUGGUAAUCCAUAUUGCCUCUGAUCUGACAGACUUACUGUAAACGCAUGCUUCGUUUGUAAAUUAUGUCUGACUGUUGGAGUGUGCCCCUGGCUAUCAGUAUAUAAUGGAAAAAAGCAAGAAAAAGGUGCCGUCUGGUUAGCUUAAUAUAAGGAACUAGAAAUCAUUUCCACUUUUAGUUUUGAUACUUAUGUAUAUUUUAGCAAUUACAUUUACUUAUGCAUUGUUUGUUGUACACCUUCAGUUACUGGUUGUCCAUUGUCAUAAACUAGUCGAACUAAUGUUCAACUAAUUGUCUGCAAUUCAGUGUUUUGCAAUGAUUUAGUUGUAUUGUAUUCCCCACUACCUUCAUACCUCUGCUCUCCUUUCAAACAAGGGUGCAUUAAAGGGCAUAUUUAAAUACAGAUGUUAUGCUCAAAGAGACCAGCUAGUUGCUAAAGCCGUACACGGAUGUAAUAGCAAGCCCCAGGAAGAAUAUGAUUCCCAUGGAUAUUUAUCUGAAGAUUUGUAGUCUGGUCAGAUUUGGAAUCCCAUGAGCACUAGCGCCACUCUGUGGGCUGACUGUGACAAAGCUGAUUAGUGGUGUGCAUUGGUGCCUCUAAGUAUCUAAAAUGUAAUACAAAUUAUAUCUAGGCUUAAAUGUAGAUGUUUAGUACUGAUGUACCUAUCCAUAAAAAAUAUAUAUUUCAUUUGAAUGACUUUUCAUAUACAAAAUAAAUUGUCACAUAAGUCUUAGGCCCAACAGAAAAAUGUACAGUCAUGGCCAAAGGUUUUGAGAAUGACACAAUAUUAAUUUUCACAUAGUCUGCUGCCUCAGUUUGUAUGAUGGCAAUUUGCAUAUACUCCAGAAUAUUAUGAAGAGUCAUCAGAUGAAUUGCAAUUAACUGCAAAGUCCCUCUUUGCCAUGCAAAUGAACUGAAUCCCCCAAAAACAUUUCCACUGCAUUUCAGCCCUGCCACAAAAGGACCAGCUGACAUCAUGUCAGUGAUUCUAUUGUUAACACAGGUGUGAAUGUUGACGAGGACACAGCUGCAGAUGACUCUGUCAUGCUGAUUGAGUUUGAAUAACAGACUGGAAGCUUCAAAAGGAGGGUGGUGCUUGGAAUCAUUGUUCUUCCUCUGUCAACCAUGGUUACCUGCAAGGAAACACGUGCAGUCAUCAUUGCUGUGCACAAAAAGGGCUUCACAGGCAAGGAUAUUGCUGCCAGGCAGAUUGCACCUAAAUCAACCAUUUAUCAGAUCAUCAACAACUUCAAGGAGAGCGGUUCAAUUGUUGUGAAGAGGCUUCAGGGCGUCCAAGAAAGUCCAGCAAGCGCCAGGACCGUCUCCUAAAGUUGAUUCAGCUGCGCGAUCGGGGCACCACCAGUACAGAGCUUGUUCAGGAAUGGCAGUAGGCAGGUGUGAGUGUAUCUGCACGCACAGUGAGGCAAAGACUUUUGGAAGAUGGCCUGGUGUCAAGAAGGGCAGCAAAGACACCACUUCUCUCCAGGAAAAACAUCAGGGACAGACUGAUAUUCUGCAAAAGGUACAGGGAAUGCACUGCUGAGGACUGGGGUAAAGUCAUUUUCUCUGAUGAAUCCCCUUUCCGAUUGUUUGGGGCAUCCAGAAAAAAGCUUGUCCAGAGUAGACAAGGUGAGCGCUACCAUCAGUUCUGUGUCAUGCCAACAGUAAAGCAUCCUGAGACCAUUCAUGUGUGGGGUUGCUUCUCAGCCAUGGGAGUGGGCUCACUCACAAUUUUGCCUAAGAACACAGCCAUGAAUAAACAAUGGUACCAACACAUUCUCCGAGAGCAACUUCUCCCAACCAUCCAGGAACAGUUUGGUGAUGAACAAUGCCUUUUCCAGCAUGAUGGAGCACCUUUCCAUAAGGCAAAAGUGAUAACUAAGUGGCCAGGGAACAAAACAUCUAUAUUUUUGGUCCAUGGUCAGGAAACUCCCCAGACCUUAAUCCCAUUGAGAACUUGUGGUCAAUCCUCAAGAGGCGGGUGGACAAACAAAACCCCACAAAUUCUGGCAAACUCCGUGCAUUGAUUAUGCAAGAAUGGGCUGCCAUCAGUCAGGAUGUGGCCCAGAAGUUAAUUCACAGCAUGCCAGGGCGGAUUGCAGAGGUCUUGAAAAAGAAGGGUCAACACUGCAAAUAUUGACUCUUUGCAUCAACUUCAUGUAAUUGUCAAUAAAAGCCUUUGACACUUAUGAAAUGCUUGUAAUUAUACUUCAGUAUUCCAUAGUAACAUCUGACAAAAAUAUCUAAAGACAAUGAAGCAGCAAACUUUGGAAAUUAAUAUUUGUGUCAUUCUCAAAACCUUUGGCCACGACUGUACUCUGUUGUUAGGAUAUAUAAGUUGUAUAAACCAACCAUAUACAAUAUAAUUACCAAUAGUAUAUACCACUGCACAUCUUUACAGAAGAUUCAGUCAUCUCAUGUAGGAUGUUCUCAGCUUGGUCAGUAGGUGGCCCCAUCGGUUUCUUUACUAAAUCAUGGGCAUCAUGUGAAACUAUAUCAGUUAAUUACCUAUGGGCUUAUCGCAUUUAUUGAGAUAUAGGUUGAGAUUGUUACCAGUGAUGUUGAGUUGAAAAUAAUCUUAACCCAAAAUAAAAGAGGGGAAGUUUGGCAAGGAGUUUCUUCGAGUAUAUUUUUUUUCAGUGAAGUCAGUACCAAGUCAAUUGAAUUGUUAUAGACAUUUAAUAUACGAAGGGCCUCAAUAUUUUCUAUGAUAGCUAAACAUUAUGAAUUUAUAAAUUUUAAUUGGUAUAGUAUAAACAGGCAUGUUAACAGGCAUUGUAUAGCUCACUGCAGAAUGUGUAAUAAAAGCAUAAUGUUUAUCAUAAAGCAAAGUUUAAGUAGCCUAGUCUCAGCAAUUAAUUUACAGCAGACAAUAUUUUAAUGCUAGAACAUGGUAUAAAAAUAAGCUAAAUACAAACAUUAUUUUUUUAAACCUCUAUUCGGUAAAUAUAUGGGAACAUAUUGUCUCUUGAUAUAGAGUAACAUUUGGGUAAAAUAUUGUUGUUCCUUUUAGACCUCAGUAAUGAGAACAUUUAUUAAUGCCAUAAGUUCUAUGACAUUUAUGAAUGCUGUUGGACUUGUAAAAUGCAAUGGACUUAGAAAAUUACUUUUGUAAUUUGCAAAUUGUAUAUUUUUAUAGAUGUAAAUAGGUCUUAUGUAAAUAUUAUAUUGAGCAUACCACAUGCAUAUGGAAACUAUGCAUUGAAAGCCUGCAACUUUCAGAGUAUUAAGGUAAACAUAUAUUAAUAGAGUAAUAAAAAAUCUGUUAAGUUAUUGAAUGUUUAUAAUCAUCCCUAAACAUCUCGGCUAUUUUUCAGGAUAUGGGGUUAUACGUUUUAAAAGCUUGAUGAGUUUCUUAAAUACUAAUUUAUCAGCAGCCUAUUUCAUAUAUUUUCUUCAAAAUAGAUAAAUACGUUGAAAUUGUACUGAUUUAAUUGAAAAUGUAUAUUCCUUGAAUAAACGCAGGAAAGAUUACAAA